CCUCACAGACUGGGCAGCACACAAGGUCAGUGUCAGCAGAUCUGACCCUAAAAAUAGGCACUUGGAUGCCAGUCAGAGUGGCUGGGUGUGCGGCUGCCACACGCCCCACGGACCAGCGCCUCCUGACCAGGCCAGGACCCAGUGCGCACAGCUGCAGAAAGGAAAGAAAAUCUCUUGGCUCCAAAAUGACAUCCAGAGAAUCGAAGACAGGCCUCAAGAACGUCUACCCAUCUGCCAAGAAGCUGCUGCCGAAGGUGGAGGAGGAGGGGGAGGCUGAGGAUUACUGUACUCCUGGAGCUUUCGAGCUGGAGCGUCUCUUCUGGAAAGGCAGUCCUCAGUACACCCACGUCAACGAGGUCUGGCCCAAGCUCUACAUCGGCGAUGAGACAACCGCGCUGGACCGCUAUGGGCUGCAGAAGGCAGGCUUCACCCACGUGCUGAACGCUGCCCACGGCCGCUGGAACGUGGACACGGGGCCCGACUACUACCGCGACAUGGCCAUCGAGUACCAUGGCGUCGAGGCUGAUGACCUGCCCAGCUUUGACCUCAGCGUCUUCUUCUACCCAGCUGCCGCUUUCAUUGACGCUGCCCUCCGCUAUGAUCACAAUAAGAUCCUGGUUCACUGCGUCAUGGGCCGCAGCCGGUCGGCGACUCUGGUCCUGGCCUACCUGAUGAUCCACUGGAACAUGACCCUGGUGGACGCCAUCCAACAAGUGGCCAAGAACCGCUGCGUCCUACCCAACCGGGGCUUUCUGAAGCAGCUCCGGGAACUGGACAGGCAGCUGGUGCAGCAGAGGCGACAGGCCCAGCACGGUGAGGACGCCGAGAAGUGUGAGCAGGAGCCGUAGGGCCCCCUCGCGGGGCCAGCUGGACCUUUGGGAACGGAGAGGGAAGGCUGAAAACAGCUCUGCCCCGUGACUUCUUUUGUCGCAGAGAAGGGACAUGAAACCAAAGCUUGACUCCUUCCAAACAAUCUUAAACUUCCCGGGGGCUGGUGAACAGGGGGGCAUUCACAGUGGGCUCUGGGACGAGCCCGGCGCCUGGCUUCACUGCAAAAUAGCGCCGACCGGCUUCCCGGCACAACUGGUUACAGGUGAGCGCGCAGGCGCCGUUCUUCUUCUUCUUUUUUUUUGUAAGAUGGAAGCGGAGAAAAGUACUUAAAAAUCUGUUGACAUUGUGCUGUGAUUAAACAUUUGGCUUUGUCUGAAAGUCACAUUCUUAAAAAUAUAAUUUUAAAAUAUAACUUUAUUUUCUAACCACAGAAAAAGUGCCUGGGAA